AUGAUGUACAGAGCAGCUCUGCCAUCAGUAUCUGUGCUGAUUCUUGACCCACGGGGUCUGAACUUCAGCAGUGCCUCAGGUGUGGAAGACAUCGUGGCCAUAAUGAUUCCUGAGCCAAAAGGGAAGGAGAUCGUGGGCCUGCUGGAAAGGAACGUCACCGUAAGCAUGUACAUCACCAUCGGCACACGGAACUUGCAGAAAUACGUGAGCCGCACCUCGGUUGUGUUUGUCUCCAUCUCCUUCAUUGUUCUGAUGAUCAUUUCCCUCGCAUGGCUGGUCUUUUAUUAUAUCCAGAGGUUUCGAUAUGCAAAUGCCAGGGACAGGAACCAGCGCCGACUGGGAGAUGCUGCAAAGAAAGCCAUCAGCAAACUCCAGGUCAGAACCAUCAAGAAGGGUGACAAGGAAACGGAGCCCGACUUUGACAACUGUGCAGUCUGCAUCGAAGGCUACAAGCCCAACGACGUGGUCAGGAUCCUGCCCUGCAGGCAUCUUUUCCACAAGUCCUGUGUUGACCCCUGGCUUCUAGACCAUCGCACCUGUCCCAUGUGCAAGAUGAACAUUCUUAAAGCCCUAGGGAUCCCGCCCAAUGCCGACUGCAUGGAUGACUUGCCCACUGACUUUGAGGGCUCUCUGGGAGGCCCACCAACCAACCAGAUCACAGGGGCCAGCGACACGACAGUAAAUGAAAGUUCAGUCACUCUAGACCCUGCUGUCCGAACGGUGGGAGCCUUGCAAGUGGUCCAGGACACAGACCCCACACCCCAAGAGGGGGACAUCAUCUUUACUACUAAUAGUAAGUCUGCUGUGCUUAAAAGGGCCAUUGCCUCUUGGGAGUUGGAGAAAGAAACAUUUCCUCAAGAAGAAAAAAGUACAUUGUGUGAGUAUAUCACGGCCACACUCAACAGUCAUACACCUUGGGUCCUUAGAGGAUGAUUUUUCCAAAGUUGGUGGGACAGAUGGCAGACCUGGCUCUGGGUCCCUACACUCCUACCUCCCUGACACUACAGCACACACCCCACAGCACAUUCUCUUUGUACCCUUCAGUAAAGUACCUGCAGCAGAUAUGGCUGUGGGCCUGGCCUCUGAGAGUAGAGGCAGGUAACAGCCAUAACUGCAAGAGAUGCUCAGGAGGACUGGAGAGGUCAUCGCCCCUCCAACCUGUUUAUGUGUCUGCACAUGUGGGAGCAUUUGAGCCUUCUUGAGUGUUUGUGGCUGUAGGAGCUGGUCUGGACUGUGUGCAACAGGCUGUUUUCCCAUUACUGUAGGACUUAGACAGAAACAGUCUCUACUUUCUAUUUUAUGUAAGAGACAAGGUCUUGCCAGGCUAGUCCCAAAUGCCUGGGUUCAAGCAAUGUUCCUGCCUCAGCCUCAUGAACAGCUGGGACUACAGGCAAGCACCACCAUGCCCAGGUAAAUGGUACCCUUUAUAUGGGCAUUUUUGUAGGAUAGCUUGAACCCCUGAACACAGUGGCAUGGCCCUGCACAUUUUAACAUCCUUUGGGUAUUCUUGCCCUCAUCUCCUGCUUAGUCUGUCACUGAAUCCUGUUUUGUUCACUGGUAGUUAUCACAAAAAUAUUACAGCAUCUAUAAGUACAUCAAGAUUGAAGCUUAAACCUAAAGUCUUAGUUUAAUAUAGUAAGAGACAAAAGCUUGAGGAGGUCUAAGAAAAUCGGUGUGCAGAUUAACUGGGUUUUGAAGUUAAAAGAGUGGGAGGAUGGUGCAGGUUUUAAACAAAGUGUAUUUCUCUUGAUAGAAGUAAACUAUUCUUUGGAAAACUUAGAAAUAUAGACAAGCAGAUUGAAGUACCCUGAGCAUUCUCUCUUAAGUCAGCUUCUUUUUUACAUUUUUGUGAUUUUUUACAGAUCUACAAAAUUCUGAUAAGAUGUAAAGAUAGGCAUUUCGAUCUUAACUGUUGAAACACAGGAAGGGAGGGAGGGAAGGAGGGAGGAAAUAAAAAAGAAAAUAUCAAGGCACAAUAUCUAGACAUAGUCCCUUUUAACAUUGUGGCUUAUUUCUUGAUCAGUUUUUUAUGACAGAGUUGAGAUAAUCCUAUAGAAAUGAAUGCUGAGUUUUGAAACCUUAGCAUUUUCACAGGACUUUGACAGACGGUAAAUUGAAGAGGAAUUUGGUGCUAUUCCAAGUUUGUUAGUUCUUGAUAAAUAAGAGGUUUAACUCCAAAAACUUGACUUUUCACAGUACAAGGAUCUCAAUACUGAAAUACUGACCAUUAACAUUUAAAAUUCCUUAAGGACUGAUUCUAAUCCCUCUGCUUUAAAGAUCUGCACUGAGCUUAUCCAGUACUAAUACAAUGCAAGCCAUAUAUGUAAUGCAGGACUUUCUAUAGACACACUACAAAAAUUAAAAUAAAUGGGUAAAUAUCAUUUAAUAAUAUACUUCAUUUAACUUUAUAUUCAAAAUAUUUUACAUUUUUUGUAUAGUCUUCAAAACCUGUAAUAUAUUUUAUGUUUCCAAUAUAUUUUAGUUUAGACUGGCCACUCUUAAAGUGCUCAGUUAAUCAUAUGUGCUCAGUGGCUGCCAUCCUGGAAAACGUAGAUCCAGAAUCUCAAGGAUUUAAAUAGAACCUUGAGGAUUAUUUAAUUUUUAUCAGGAUGAAUUUCUCAUUUUUAUCAUGAGAAAGGUGUGGCUUCUAAUUUUUAUCAUGCGUAAAUGUGUGACCCAGGCCAAACAAUGAAUUCUCCUCUCAGUGGACAGGAUGUGGACAGGAUGGUUUGUGAAUUUUCUAUUUAUUGGACAUUCUCCCUCACCAUCAGACAUGUGACUACUAAUGACCUUAAGGAAGUCUAUUGGAAGGCCUGACAGAAUAUUGCUAGCAGUUCAAAAAAUUUAAGGCAUGAGCGUUUUUCAGAUGGUAAAAAGAACAAAAUAAAAAUUGGAUCAUUAUCCUUACAACAGGACAAUUAUUUGAUUCUCAGGAGACAAUGUGUUAUCUCAGAUUCCUCAUUACAAAAAAUGACUAUAUCUUGAUACAUCUCAGGAAAUCCCAAAUGACAAAUGAAAAAGCAUUUUAAUUUAAUACCAGUUAAAUAACAUCCAAAAUCUUAAAAGAUGGAAGCAUUCUGUGGGUUAAAAUACAUCCAAAAAUGAAACAGAAAAUUACAAUCUAUAUCCAUAUGACUCAUAACCUCUAAACUGCUUUCGAGUAAAAUAGGAUGAACGUGGUAAGUCACAGCAGGCAUAUGUUAGAUGUUUAUUGGAUGUCUUGAGGUGCAGUGUUCAACCAUAGGCCUGAAGCAAGAACCUUCUGUUGCAACAGGAGAAAAAAGCACCAGUUAAUUUCAAAGAAAGGUAUUGGAAAAGUGAGGUGAAGAGGCAGGAGGAAAAAAAACCAUAUCUAUAGUCAGAAGACCAAUAUGAAUGUGGCAGGGAAAUAUCAGUUGCUCAGCACAGAAACUGCAUUUUAGUCACAAAACAUUGUCCUAGACCACCUAUUUCUGAUUGGUCUUAUUUAUUGGGAUUUAACAGAAUUUAACAAACAUAACCAUUAAUGAAGUAGCAGUAGAUUUUUUAAGGGGAAAAUUCCCUAUGCAGGUUUUUAAAUUGCCUAAUACCCUCCUCAAAUAAAUACAUAAUCAAUACAUGAACAAACAGAAAUAUAUCAUUAAAUGUGUGAAACAAUUCCAGUUCUCAGCAACGUUAUUGUCAUCAGAUUGCUUACUACUAAAAUAGUAUAGAUGAAGCUAAUACUCCCAGAAAUCACAAAUCAAUAGUCCAGCGGAGACUGGACCUGACUUUUCUCCAAAUUAUCCUUUCCCUCCUCACAUAUCCACAGACCUAGGAAAAGAAAGAAAAUGAAGAAAAAAAUAGCAGCUAGCAAAUAACGUAGUACUAACUGCACCAGACACUCUUUGAAGCCUGGUUCAUUAACUCACAGCAGCCCUGUGAGAUAAAUAUUAUUUUUAUUCUCAAUUUACUGAUGCAGAAACAGAGGCACAGAGAGAUUAAAGUCAUUGACCCAAGGUCCUAAGAUGGUGGUCGGUGGCACUGGAAUUCAAACCAGGCUGCUGACUACAGAGCU